UGUGCUCGCAGCGCUCGAAAAACAAAACAAUUUCUUAAAAACUUAGUUAAAUACAGAAUUGUCGUGCAUUAAUUGCUGAAAACGAGAAGGAAGUAUGGCGGAUCAUACGUUUCAUCGUCCUGGGCCGCUUAAGCAAACAAACAAGGCGCACAAAACGGGAAAACAUCGCUCAAAAGGGGCCAUUGAAAAUGCGCUUAAAGGCAAGGUUAGCCUUAAAGUCGUCUCGCGCAAGCACAAGCAGCAGCAGCGCAAGGAUCAACGACGCAAUCAAAUGAAUCAGCUGCGCAAGAAUAAGCGUGAAGAGGUUUGGCUAGAAAAACGAAAACUUGGUGGACAAAAUACGGCGCCAUUUCUAGUUUGCUUGCUGCCCCUGCAUGAGCAAAUUGAUCCAAGAUCCGCCUUGGCCAUUCUAGAGAGUUGUGACAGCGAACUGCUGGUGGAAAACUCUCCCAAUGGCACUGUGUAUAUAAACCUGCCACGGUUUAAGCAACGUUUUGCCUUUGUCAUACCACCUGUGGGUCGCGGCAAUGAACUGGUUGUGUUGGACUACCUCAAAGUGUGUGAUACGACUAUGCUCUUAACUUCUGCAGCCUUUGGAGAAGAUGAGAUAUUUGAUCGAUGGGGUCAGCGAAUUUUUAAUAUGAUAUCUGCACAAGGCAUACCAACACCACUUGUCGCACUGAUGGAUCUGGAAUCCAUAAAUCCAAAGAAACGAGCAGCAGCCAAGCAGGCAGCCCAAAAGAUUCUUUCCAAGGUGUUGCCUGAGGAGAAAGUCAUGCAGUUGGACACAGCAAGCGAGGGCUUAAAUGUCUUGCGUCGCAUUGGUGGUCAAAAGAAACGAAUUAUCCACAAUAAGGAUAAUCGUCCGCAUCUCUUAAGCGAUAUUGUGGAUUAUGUUCCAAAUGCCGAUCCCAACAACGAACUGGGAACACUGAAAGUGACCGGGUUCGUCCGUGGACAGCCGCUUGAUAUCAACGGUCUAGUUCACAUACCGGGUCUUGGAGAUUUUCAAUUAGGACAGAUAGACGCGGUGCCCGAUCCCUACAUGUUGGACAAGAGAAAUUGUGGGGAAGUACGCGUCAUGAAUCGCAGUGAUCCUGAGAAACAAACUUCAUUGCAGAGCGAGCACAUACCAGAUCCCAUGGAUGCGGAGCAAACAUGGCCAACUGAGGAAGAAAUCGAGGCUUCACAAAAUGAGACAAAGAAAAUGAAACUGAUAAAACGUGUGCCCAAAGGCUAUAGUGAAUAUCAGGCCGCUUGGAUACCUGAAGUUGAGGAAGUGGAAGAAGACGAGGAUGAUGACGACGAUGACGAUGACAUGGGUGAUGAUCCAGCUAAUAAUGAUGAUGAUGACUUCAUGUCGUGUGACAAUAAGUCCUUCGAAGAUGAAUGUGAAAAACGCGAUUCAGAUACUGAGGAAUAUCUGGACAGUGUUUCUGUUGCAUCGGACGCGGCUAUUAAUGAUGACAAGUAUGAUCAGCAGAUGGACUUCCAGGAGGAACGUGAGACUCUGCAGAAACUUAAAGAGGCACGCACGGAUCAGCUCUGGCCUGAUGAGAUAGACACACCACUGGAUGUGCCCGCACAUGAACGUUUCCAGAAAUAUCGCGGCCUAGAGUCGUUUCGCACUUCACCUUGGGAUGCCAAAGAGAAUUUGCCCAGCGACUAUGCGCGCAUCUAUCAGUUUCCGAAUUUCGAUCGCACCAAGCGACGCAUACUGGCUGAGGCCAAGGAAUUUGACGGUGUGGUGCCUGGCUCUUAUAUCUCAUUAUAUGUGAUAAACGUGCCCAAGUCCAGUUGGACUGCAUUUAAGUCCGCACAUCUGGCCGAUAAUGUUAUUGUGUAUGGAAUGCUGCCGCACGAGCAUAAAAUGUGCGUUAUGAACGUGAUACUGCAACGCACACCCGAUUCGGAAGUGCCGCUAAAGUCCAAGGAGCAGCUCAUUGUUCAGUGCGGCUAUCGUCGUUUUGUCGUCAAUCCCAUCUACAGUCAGCACACCAAUGGUGAUAAACAUAAGUUCGAACGUUAUUUCCGGCCUUAUGAGACUGUCUGCGCCACAUUUUAUGCGCCCAUACAAUUCCCUCCUGCUGCAGUGCUCGCUUUUAAGGUGAAUCCGGAUUCGACAUUGGCGCUUGUGGCGCGCGGACGUUUGCUCUCAUGCAAUCCGGACCGCAUUGUUUUGAAACGAGUAGUCCUCAGUGGACACCCAAUGCGUAUAAAUCGCAGGUCGGCCACCAUACGCUACAUGUUCUUUUACAAGGACGAUGUGGAAUACUUUAAGCCUGUCAAACUACGCACCAAAUGCGGGCGUCUAGGCCACAUCAAGGAGUCCUUAGGCACGCAUGGUCAUAUGAAGUGCUACUUUGAUGGACAGUUGCGCUCCUACGACACGGUUUUUAUGUACCUAUACAAACGCGUCUUUCCUAAGUGGACAUAUGAGGAAUGUCUGGUGCGUACAGCCGAGCAUGAGCGACAACAGAAGAUGGGCAAACGACAGGAGGAAGCUAUGGCAGAGUAGAUAAUUGAAAAAGUCUCAGCAUACAUUAUAACUUUGUCGUUAUAUAUAUAUAUAUAUAAUAAAACUCUAUUAAGAGUUACACAUAUUCACAAUUGGCUUAACUAAAUUGGAAA